ACACUACUAUAUAACAAAUAAUUUGAGAAAAUGGCUGCUGUUACUGUUGAUGAUUUUAAAUCAGAGAAGGUAUCUAAGAAAGAGGCUAUAGCUUUUCUACAAGAAAAUGCCACAGUUCAGUUCCUGAAAGACCAAAAGCUAUUUGGGAAGCUACAAGCUAUUGCAAAAGGAUCAUCUAAAGACAAAGUGCUUAAUGCAUUAACUGCAUUCGAAUCAGAUCCCGUAGCUAGAAAAGGUGAUGAAGAUGCAGAUCUUGCUGAAGCUCUUGAGCAGACUAAAGCUCUCAAAAUCAAAGAAGAUGAAGCUAAGAAAAAUCAGAAAGAAGCUGCUAAAGAGGAUGCUGCAGUAACUGACGAGAAGGUAGGAUUCACUAAGAAGAUAAUAAAGAAAGGAAAAACUCACAUGAAACCGGAGAAAGGCUCAGUAGUGAGCGUGUGGUAUACUGGUCAAUUAGAAGACGGGACAGUAUUUGAUUCAAAUGUGGAAAACUCGCGGAAAAAGGAUCGUAAAGCUCUUAAGUUCAAAGUUGGCACAGGUCUUGUGAUAAGGGGAUGGGAUGAGGCUUUAUUAACGAUGACCUAUGGUGAGAAAGCAGAGAUAACAAUAGACCCUGACUGGGCCUAUGGAAAGAAAGGAAUGCCAAACGCGGGGAUCCAGCCCAACGCUACUCUCAUAUUCGAGGUGGAGCUAGAAGUUCCAGCCAACAUCGGGGUUUAGCUUCUCAGAUAGUUGUAGGGUAAUCACGUGACAAAAACCUGAAGCUGGUAUCUUCCUCUUCUUGAUUCAGGUCCUGAUUUUAUCGGAAAAGUCUGGCUUCGACUUAUAAGAGACAUUUUUGUCGGUUGCAUAAAUUCUCAGUUGGAGAAACUUUUUAGAUCUAUUAUUAGAUCCAGCGAUUUCGAAAUUCUUUCGAUAAUAUCUUUUUAGUUUUUAGAAAUUACAGAAUUUUUGAAGAAGGACAACUGCUCUGAGCAUGUGCCUCCUGCCUAGGUCGGACAUUAUCUGUAGCUGUAGGGACUACCAUCCGUAGUCCCUACAUUAUCUGGUACACUGAACCUAUUUCUGUGCUGCACUUUUUUAUUUAUUUAAUGUUUGGUGAAUGGUAAAUUUUAUCUUAAAUUGAGGAAGAGAAAUUCUUUAAACUUUUUUUAUGUAAUGUUCCAGCAGUUGAUAGUUUUAUACCAUUCUGCUUA